AUGCCUUUUGUUAACAUCAAGAAGCAAUAUAUAGCAAUCGGAAUGUUAGUUUUUGUUGCAUUAUUUUUCUUCAAUAGCCGACCGGCUUUCCAGUGCCAGAUUACUUCAGAAGUUGCCCCAUAUCUGCCGACAAUAUAUGGAAUAACCCCAACCUAUGCAAGACUCGCACAAAAGGCUGAUCUCACAAGAUUGUCUCAGACAUUGAUGCUAGUUAGAAAUUUUCAUUGGGUGGUCAUAGAGGACUCUGAAACGAAAACUAAAUUAGUUGCAAAUCUACUGAAGGAAUCAACUUUGAAAUAUACUCACCUCAAUGUGAAGACUCUAAAAUCAAAGCAUUCUACUGCUAGUGGAGUAGAACAGAGAAAUGCUGCUCUAAGCUGGCUUAGAGACCAUUUACGACAGGCCGAAGAUAAGAAGGGCGUAGUAUAUUUCAUGGACGAUGAUAAUACUUAUGCGCUAAAGGUGUUUGAAGAGAUGAGAAAAAUAAAGCGAGUCGGUGUAUGGCCUGUGGGCAUAGUGGGUGGUAUGAGAGUAGAAAUGCCUCUAGUGACCGAUGGGAAGGUAACUGGCUACAACGCGGUGUGGAAGCCGUUCAGACCGUUCCCCAUUGAUAUGGCUGGAUUCGCGAUAAAUGCUACCCUGUUCUUGGACCAUCCAGAAGCGAAGUUCUCGAGGAAGGUCCAGUCUGGAUUCCAGGAGAGCGAGAUUUUAAAGUACUUCACAACACAAAAAGAAUUGGAGCCGCUAGCAGACAACUGCACGAAGGUGUACGCCUGGCAUACACGAACCCAGAAACCGGCCAUCACGAACCCAAAGAAGCUGAAAAACCCGCCCAUACCAGACAAUCAUAUUGAAGUUUGA